AUGGCUAUCCAGACGAUAGUGAUUGCUAUCGUGGCUCUCGGGUAUCUGCUACUCAAAUACUUCAACAAGACCGAUGUUGCAAAGGUCAAGAACCUCCCGGAAAUCCCCGGGGUGCCUAUGUUUGGCAACCUCCUCCAGCUCGGGAACUCACAUGCGAGGAGAGCAGCAGCAUGGGUGAAACAAUACGGUCCGGUCUUUCAGGUUCGAUUAGGGAACAGGAGAGUGAUUUUCGCCAACAGUUUCGACUCGGUGAAAUAUUUAUGGAUAACCCAUCAGUCGUCGAUGAUUUCGCGCCCAAAACUACACACAUUCCACUCUGUAGUGUCCAGCUCGCAAGGGUUCACAAUUGGAACAUCGCCAUGGGACGAGUCCUGCAAGAGGCGCCGCAAAGCCGCGGCUACUGCAUUGAACCGACCUGCGGUGCAGUCUUACAUGCCGAUUAUUGACCUAGAAGCAACCACGAGCAUCAAGGAAUUGCUAGCUGAUAGCAAAGAUGGGACAGUGGACAUCGACCCGAACCCAUAUUUCCAACGAUUCGCCCUCAACACCAGUCUAACGCUAAACUACGGAAUCCGUAUCGACGGCAGCAUUGACGAUGAACUCUUGAAGGAGAUUGUUACGGUAGAGCGGGCGGUCAGCAACUUCAGAAGCACGAGCAACAACUGGCAGGAUUAUAUCCCACUCCUACGAUGGUGGCCUACCAGCAACACACAAUCGAUCGAGUUCAGGGAGCGUCGAGACAAAUACAUGAGUAAACUUCUAGAGAUGUUGACGGAACGCAUAGCGAAUGGGACUGACAAGCCGUGCAUCACGGGGAAUAUCAUCAAAGACCCAGAAGCAAAACUCAGCGAAGCGGAGCGAAAAUCCAUCUGUUUGACGAUGGUUUCUGCUGGUCUCGACACUGUUCCCGGGAAUCUGAUCAUGGGUAUCGCUUAUCUGGCCUCCGAGCAUGGGCAAGAGAUCCAGGCCCGCGCUUACGAAGAAAUCAUGAAGGUCUAUCCGGAUGGAGAUGGCUGGGAGAAGUGUCUUGUCGAGGAGAAGGUCCCGUAUAUCACAGCCCUCGUCAAGGAGAUUCUGCGCUUCUUUAUUGUAAUUCCGAUUUGCCUACCCCGAGUUAGCAUCAAAGACAUCACCUGGAAUGACGCCGUCAUACCUGCUGGCACAACCUUCUUCAUGAAUGCGUACGCUGCCAACUACGACUCCACCCACUUUAAGGAGCCAUUCGAAUUCCGACCAGAGCGCUACCUCGACGUUUCUGAGGGGACGGGAACACCACACUACGCAUACGGUGCUGGUAGUCGCAUGUGUGCCGGCUCGCAUCUCGCUAACCGGGAGCUAUUCACUGCAUUCCUCCGUAUUAUCUCCGCUUUUACGAUUGUUCCGGCAAAGAAUCGAGCAGACGAUCCCGUCCUCGACCCCAUCGACUGUACGGACAACAAAACAUCGCUGACCCUCGAUCCUCGACCGUUCAAAGUGGGAUUCAGAGUGCGAGACCGCGCCCAGCUCGAUAGAUGGAUCAGAGAAUCAGACGAAAGAACGAAAGAUCUGUAG